GGGAGGGCACUCACUCGACCUUUUUUCUGCUGAGAGGAAGCCCAGGCUUUGACAGGUAAGAAGGAGCCUUCCAUAGCAGAGCCAGGUCUGCUCAGCCCAGCAUCAGCGCCACAAACACCUGGCUGGAUGUGGCUGCGCUCGUAGACUUGCCUGAUUCUUAAAGCUUGAGUGUUUUCCUGGACUCAGCGCAAGCAUGGCUGUGGAUCAUGUAAAGGGGACGAGGGGAGGACGAGUGCACACACACAGGGAAGAGAACCCUACCGGAUCCGGAGCAGGGGACACCCAAAAGACCCCAUGUGUGCUUGGGCUUCACUGUCGGGGACACUCGGCUGUGGAAAAACGUUAAGCGACUGUGUGGGAGGUUGUGGGGAGGAAAAGGAUGGAGAAGCCAGGAUAGGAAAGGGCGAGCUCCCUGCUGCCUCUGCUGUCCCGCCAACCCACACGUGCGACAUUAUAAAGGGGUGUGCAGGGGCCUGGGGUCCUGCUCUGGGCCAUGGCCCUGUGCUCCGGGUGGGGAGGGCACCUCUCUGGACUCUGUCCCAUGUGACCGAAAUGACACGUGCUUGGCGCGCUGGAAGCUCGGCUCUUGGAACCUCACCCUUUUCCUGUUGCUGUUUGGCCCCGGGGGCGGAUUCGGCCCCUCACUCAGGUCAAUAUCUGGCGGUCGUCUUCGACUCCUUUGUUUCCCAUCAGUAGCUGCAUCAGAGGCCGCUGAACACUAAACCCCAGCUACAGCCGGGGUCCGCUCCCCGACAACUCCCCAGAUACAGCGGGGAUGGGGGCCACUGGGACAGGCCCCGCAACCGCGGGUGCGCGUGGGGUGGACCUGAGAACAAAGGUGCGCACGGCAGGGGCGGAGCCGGGCUCUCGCGGUGGGUAGGGCCGGGCUCGGGGCGGGGCCCGGCUCUCGCGGGGGGCGGGGCGCGCCGGGAAAGGUUCCGGGAAGGCCGGCAGCCCGGCGGGCCCGGCGCGGAAGUUGCGCGGACGCGCGACUUCCACGCAGGCCGCGGCCAUGUCGUCCUGGGACGCGGGGUCGGGCGGGCGGGAGGGGACCCCGCGCGCAGCCGCCGCACUCUGCAGCCUGUACCAUGAGGCUGGGCAGCGGCUGCGGCGCCUGCAGGACCAGCUGGCAGCCCGGGACGCCCUCAUCGCGCGCCUCCGCGCCCGCCUGGCGGCGCUCGAGGGGGACGCGGCGCCAUCGCUCGUGGACACGCUGCUGGAGCAGGUGGCGCGCUUGCGGGAGCAGCUGCGGCAGCAGGAGAGCGGCGCUGCAGAGGCCCAGUUGCGCCAGGAAAUUGAGAGACUUACUGAGCGACUAGAGGAACAAGAGAGGGAGAUGCAGCAGCUGUUGAGCCAGCCACAGCAUGAGCGAGAGAAGGAAGUCAUCCUGCUGCGGAGGAGCGUGGCGGAGGAGGAGCGGGCCCGGGCUGCCAGUGACGUUCUGUGCCACUCCUUGGCCAAGGAGACCCACCAGCUGCGGAGGACACUGGCUGCCACUGCCCACAUGUGCCAGCAUCUAGCCAAGUGUCUGGGUGAACGACAGCAUGCACAAGGGGACGUAGAGGAGAAAAGUCCUAACGAGCCAGAGCAUACAGGCAGGGAUGCCUCUGUCCAGAAUAUUAUUGAGGAGUUACAGGAAGAAAAUCGACUGUUAAAACAGAAGGUGACUCACGUGGAAGACCUCAAUGCCAAGUGGCAGCGCUACGACGCCAGCAGGGACGAGUACGUGAGGGGGAUCCAUGCGCAGCUGAGGGAACUGCAGGCCCCCCACAAGCCUGAGCUGAUGAGGAAGGAAAUCUUCCGGCUUAACAGACAGUUGGAGGAGAAAAUAAACGACUGUGCAGAAGUCAAGCGGGAGCUGGCAGCCAUGAGGAUGGCCCGGGACGCUGCCCUGGAGCGGGCACAGAUGCUGGAACAGCAGAUUCUUGCUUACAAGGAUGACUUCAUGUCGGAAAGGGCAGAUCGGGAACGGGCUCAAAGCAGGAUUCAAGAGCUAGAGGAAAAGGUCACCUCUUUGCUGCACCAGGUGUCCUGGAGACAGGACGUCCAAGAGCCAGACCCCUGCCGGAUUCAUACCAGGAGCAAAACUGCCAAGUACUUGGAAACUGAUGCAUUGAAGCUUGUGGGGCCUGGUGGCUGGAGGCCGGGGCCUGGGUCCCAGCAGCUGGAACUGGAACCCCCUGCAGAAGGCAGCGACCCCAGCACAGCCCAGAGAGGCCAGGGAGACCUUCAGUGCCCUCACUGCCUGCGGUACUUCAGUGAUGAGCAAGGUGAAGAGCUCCUCAGGCAUGUGGCCGAGUGCUGCCAGUGAGCCAGGACUUCCCUGUGCCCUUGUGGGCCCCUGCCUAGUGCAGCCACCUCAGGGACAGGGUGGGUGCUCUCAAACACAAUGGGUUGAGCUCUACUGAGAUCAAGGCCCCUAGAAUGGGCACUCUGAUUGUUCACCUUGAUCCCCCUUUGGCUGUGGAACAGGCCAGGUCAGAGGAAGCUGCCAGCAGGGCUGGGGUUGGAGGCAGAGAUGGGGUCAGGAGCAUCAGUCACAGGGAAGCCCUGGUCUCAUCUCUCCAUCAUGCUGAAACCAGAUCAGUCUGCUGCUAGUGUGCAAGCCCCACCUCAGCCUACACGUGGAGAUGCUGCAGCUUGCCAGAAAGGAGUGGCUGCCUAUGGGAGCCACAUGUGCAGUCCCCAGGGUAGAAGCUCCAUCUUGUUCUAUAGAAUAAAGUGUCCCCUCCCUGCCUUGGAUCAGGAGGUUUGCAGAACAGAGUACUGUAGCUGCACAUCCCACUAGGGGGCCUGUCCCUAGCCAUGGCAGAGCCACAUGUCUGCAUUGAAACUGAAAUUAAAAAACAUUGCACAUGUCUGCCGCAUCUGAAUUGACAUCGAAAUUGAAAAACAAUGCAUUGCAAUAGCAUUUAUCAUGUAUCCAGAAGUUAAAACACACUUAUUUUAUAUUCAUUUAUUUUUAUAAUAAAUAUACUUGCU